CAAAUUUUCCAGCCAGGAUAAUUCUCCCAACCUUCCUUCUCUUUCUCUCUCUCCUCUGUGCUCUAUCUAUAUCUACCUCUACUUCCAACUCUCACAUUGUUUACAAGCCAACUCUCCCUAAGCCUUUCUUCUUCCCACUUGAAGAACAUACCUUCGCACAGAAUAUUAUCAUGGCUCUCUCUACUGCCAUCUUUGUGUCCACAUUGCUUGCACUUGUUGCUUUUUCAGCUGCUCAAGCUCCAGCCCCAUCUCCGAUGAUGCCACCAUCUGCCAUGGUAUCUCCACCACCUGCAACAGCCACCCCUCCGCCCAUGACGCCUUCUCCACUGAUGCCGCCAAUGUCUAUGCCACCAACGCCAUCAUCACCUCCUAUGGCUCCUCCGUCAAUGGCACCUGGAAUGCCACCAAUGAUGGCAUCAUCUCCACCUGCACCGCCCAUGGCCAUGGGGCCCAUGGCACCGGCUCCAGGACCUUCUCCCUCUGCUCCAUCACCACCCUCCCCCUCAGCCACUUCUAUGCAUGGAUCUAGCAUGGCCGUCGUGGCAUUGCUCGGGGGAGUUGCACUUCUUGCUUUAAACUGAUUUAUGUUAGCUGAGUUUAGUCUUCAUUUGGAAUCCACCUAGAUCGGAAUAAACAUGUGUAUUCUUUAUUUUUCUUGUGCUCUUUUGCUUGCGAUUGAGUCAUUGUUAAUUGUUCGACGUUCGUUGUAUUUUGUGAGGUAAAUUGCUAAUUUACCAGAUUUUACAUCUGUUUCUCA